GAUGAGGGAGCUGAUCAGGCGGCUGAGCUUCUGGGACCGGGUGAGCGACGGCAGCGGCGGCGUGCCGUGCGGGUGUGUGCCGGUGCUGGUGGUGGGCGACGGCGACGACGAUUGCGAGCGGUUCGUGGUGCGGGUUGAGGCGCUGCGGCACUCGCUGGCGGCCCUGCUGGAGAUGGCGGCGCAGGAGUUCGGGUACAAGCAGGAGGGCAUCCUCCGCGUCCCCUGCGCCGUCAACCAGUUCAGACAGGCGCUCACCACCGCCACCGCCUCCAGGAACUACUGA